CGUCGCUUCGACUUAAAGGAGGGAAUCGAUCGACGACACACAACUUCCCUUGCUCUUUCUGACAUCUACUCCUCUUUCACUCAGACUGACAGUUUUGCUGCGCGUCUCUUCAAACCCAUCAAAAACUGCCCCACGACUGGGUCUUUCCUUCUCCUUCGCUACAUCCUGCCUUUGCGCUGCGUGGCAUCAGUCGCGCUACCCUUCAGUCGUCCAUCCUCUCCCCACGCCUCUUCACUUAUCUUGCCUUUCUCUUCAUCCACGCGAAGGUCUCUCGAGUUAAGUACAGGUUCACCCUGCAACUGCUGGGUACGGGAAACGGGAGCAUCUUCAAGGCGUUGUUUUACUCAACCUCACCUCCUCCUACCAUCACCCUCUUACUCCUCCUCCUACGACCUCACCGUUGAAGAUUUCACACCUUCGUUCACCGCCUCACCUCCUUUCUUACACCCUCGGAAUCUCAAGAGCACAGAACGUUCCUCAGUCCACCACCAAUCCUAGCACGAAGCUUCAAAAACACCCUUACACAGUCUCUGUCGUCGCGUUUGGCAUCCCCGACCCUCCUUUGCACCAGCACAUUUUCUUUCGACAUCCCUGGUGUACAUAAGUUCUCGCAAGAACAAUAAUAAUAAGGAAAUUGAGCAAACCCUGUCCACUUGGGUGAUUCUUCCAAGCCACGCGAUAUGUCUGCGUCACCCACAUCCACCACAGCAAUGUCCUCAGCAAAACGACCCCUGGAGGACCCCUCCUCUCCAUCCGCCCCAACUGACCUGCCCGAAGCAAAGCGCCCAGCACUUGACAAGGUGGUCAAAGAACAGACUGCACCAGAAGCAUCCGAGGAUGCUGAAGUUACUGUGGUUGAAGGAACAAAAUCAACAGAAGAACAAGGACUACCAGCCCCAGUGACAAAUGGUGCUGCAGAGGCAGACGCAGAGACAUCAGCUCUUCCAGCGGGCAACCGAGCCGCAAUCCUACCACCUGCAGACGCAUUGCCACUUCCGCCCAUAACCUCUCAAAACGAUCGAGCUGGCUCUCAGGCACCUGGUGGCGCAUCACAAGACGAGACACAAUGGAUACAUAUUCGUGCUGUCAUCUCCAGUGCUGAAGCUGCCACCUGCAUUGGUAAAGGUGGCGAGAACGUGACCCAGAUUCGAAAGCUUUCUGGUGCGAAAUGCACUGUCAGUGACUAUUCCCGUGGUGCCGUUGAGCGUAUCUUGACGGUCAGUGGAGCUCAAGAUGCUGUCGCCAAGGCGUUUGGUCUCAUCAUUCGUACUCUCAACAAUGAACCCCUCGAGGCUCCUUCUACUGCCCAGUCCAAGACAUACCCUCUGCGACUACUAAUUCCACAUAUUCUUAUUGGCUCUAUUAUCGGCAAAUCUGGCGUUCGGAUUCGUGAGAUCCAAGAAGCGUCGGGUGCACGCUUGAAUGCUUCUGACUCAUGCUUGCCACUGUCGACCGAGCGUUCCUUGGUGGUGCUAGGUGUCGCCGAUGCCGUCCACAUCGCAACGUAUUAUGUUGCUGUGACUUUGGUUGAACAGUUGACAGAACGCUUUGGUGGCCCGGCUGCUUCUGCCUACGCCACGAGAAGCGGUGGUCCUGCUGGUGUUGUCCCUGGUGGUAUGCAAGUAGUGCCAUAUGUCCCGCAACCUGCUGGAGGCCAGUUCGGCCAUCCAGACAUGUACAAGAGACACAACACUCAACCCCCUCAACGAAUGCCACCACAAUCUUAUGGUGCCCCGCAAAUGCAUGCGCCUCCUCAAAAGCCAUAUCCCCAACAUGGCACGCCAUAUGCAGCGACACCACGCACACCAAGUUAUGGUGCCAUGCCUCCACAACCUGGUCCAUAUGGACAGAUGCCACCUCAACCGGGUCCACAUGGUCAGCCAGCACAGCCAGCGCACGCUAUUCCGGGACAACCUAUCACUCAGCAGAUCUUCAUUCCAAACGAUAUGGUUGGAGCCAUCAUUGGCAAAGGUGGGGCCAAAAUCAACGAAAUUCGACAUCUCAGUGGCAGUGUCAUCAAAAUCAACGAACCUCAGGAUAACAGCAAUGAGCGUCUGGUCACCAUUACUGGUACACAGGAGUGCAACCAAAUGGCGCUGUACAUGCUUUACUCGAGAUUAGAAAGCGAGAAACAUCGUAUCUAACGGCCGAUUCAUUUACUACCUGGGCUACUUGUCUCAGGCCCUUGACGCCUCGUCGUUCUCGAAUGGUUUCUGGGCAUUGCCCAACAUUCAUGGAAAGCUGGAGGGGAUGAGCCUAGGCGACAGGCUCUCAAUGAGCUGCAGGCUGGACCAUCAACGGUCUAUUCUCUUGGGGUGCGCGUUUCUUAAAUGGGUUGCGACGGUUGACGCACAGAUAUUGAAAAAGUGUCAAUACAAUGCAGCAAAUCUCGGGGUAUUGAUGCUGUCGUGGGCGACGAAGGAUUGCAUUGAGUUGCUCGAGCUACAUAAUACUUUGUAUCACCGUAGAUCCUGAAGGCUAUUCGAUCUUG